GCCUUCCUCUUCCACCAACGCUCACUUUUACGACACGCCAGGUCGGCCGACAUGUUGAUCAAAGUCAAGACAUUAACGGGCAAAGAGAUCGAGCUCGACAUCGAUCCAGAUGAUCAGAUCACCCGAAUCAAAGAGAAAGUCGAGGAGCAAUCCGGCGUGCCACCGCCCCAGCAGCGACUGAUCUUUAGCGGGCGCCAGAUGCCGGAUGACAAGACGGCACGGGACUUUAACAUCACCGCGGGCGCCGUCCUGCACUUGGUCCUCGCCCUCCGUGGGGGUCUAUGAGAGCUCGGGGGGUGCAAGAGGCGGAUGCAAGGCGGUGAGAAGCAGUGAAGCGCAAUGUAUAGGAUGUAUCAGCACGCUCUCGUACGUUAUUAGAUGUUGUCGGCUAUAUCAUAUUUUCCCUCCCAC